CUAGGUUUCAGGGCUGUUUCAGGUUCCACCUGUUUGGCCCCAACGCCCUUGGCAGGACAAAGGAAGGGGGUUUCCGGUCCAGGACAGUCAAGCUAAGAAAGAAGAAGAAAGGGAGGAACGGAGAAUUUCAGAAACUUGCCCAGUGGCGGAUGGAGUCCAGAAUUAAACCCUCACAGGGUCUAACCUCCAAGCUCACAAUGGAUCCCUUACCCCCCACACUGACUGAAUGUUCUCCAUGGAAUGAGGCAGACACUCCUCGAACCCGUGACCUGAAGCACUUACGAGCCAAGCGUGUGGCUUACUAUGAAAGCAUUGGGAUCAUCAAGGAUGAUGCUUCCAGAAAUGGCAGUCAACAGGUGUCCACAAGUUCCCAGGACACCAAAGUGAGUCCCUCAGAAAAUCAAACCUUUGUUCUGAGAGGACCUCAGAAGCCACCACGUUAUUUAGCAAUUGGAAAGACACCUCUGCUCCAGGAGGUGUCCAGAGUGGCUCCUAGAGAAACAGAGCAGUACCUGGACCUGUGGACCCAGCAGGGGCCAUGGAGAGAGAGUUACCCAACAGACCUAGACCUACAUCUGUUGGAAGAUGCCUUGGUGCCUGAAACACAGAAGCUGCGACAUGUUAUAAAUUGGGCCCAGAAGUUCUUGUCCAACGCUCCAGAAGAGCAGGGGUUGAAGAGUCCCACGACUUCUGUAGGACUCCCUCAGUCUAAUCUUUGUCAAAGUUCAAAAGCUCUAGGAAGUAAGAGAAAUGCCCGUGUGAGGUCAUCUGAUUCUCUUUCCCUGCUCAGAGAAGACCAGUCCAACACACGAACAGACAUUCACAGCUGCUCUUUAAGACCCCAAGAUAAUUUAUCAGAAAUGGGCUUGUCUUCUGAAUUUUCAAGUUUCUUCCAGAAGGAGGGUUUUUUAGAUAGCCAGUCUUGUGUGUGGCGAGAAACUGCAGUUAGGAAUGAGGGGGAGGGAAGAGCUGCCGGAUACCCUCCUGUUAGGCUUCAGCAGGAAGAUUAUGCUCAACGCAAGUACAACAGAGCAAGAGGUAGUCAUAUCCAGGACCCCAAUGGAGAUGAGGAGCGGGGGGCUCAACCACAACUCAGACUCACUUCCGAAGAAAGUGAUGUUUCAAAGGAAGCCGGUCAGAGCCCACCCAGACAUGGUUACUUCUGGGCUCCACUGAUGGACAGCUCAGAGGAGGAAUGUUUAGAUGAACCUGAGGAAAGUAAAGGGACACUUCUCAGGGGUGUCCUAGGCAGGAAGUAUAGAGGGUUUUCAGGAACUGCCUCAUCUCCCCCAAGUGAGAACACACCAAUGUUGAAGACCAUGGUGCCAAGCAGUGUUCCUCCCCCUGGGGAGAUACUCCUGGAGGCUGAAGUCAGAGAGGAAUGCACAGGAGCAGUGCAGCCCCCUGUGGGGACCCCCAAGGAUGUCACAGUGGAAUUCAGGGACGACAUCUCCAGAGGUGAAGACCCCAUCCAGAGACUCCCUGUGGGUCAACUAAUGCCUCCCUAUGACAGUUCCAAUCAAAAGAGAAAGGAAUCAGACAAUAUGGGGUUCACUUUGUGGUUACCCAAAACUGGUAUUAAGCAUAAAAAUAAAUGGAAACAUGUCACCACGGAGAGCUCAGGGAAGACUAUCAUGGGGAGAGGGCCAAGAGGUGGUCUGAACAGAAGCGUGCAGAGUUCUGCUAAGAGCAGCCCUCCUGCGGUAACUCAGAGGCAAUUUGACCUAACACAUCCUGAGAGUUAUGUGACCCCUCAAAUUGCCAGCCUCUCGCAGAGUGUGCCAGAGGGCCCCUUGGAGAGUGCUAUGUCUCAUGGACCCAUUGCAGAGGCUCGUGGUACACACAGCAGCGCUUGGUUGGACCAGGUGCCACCACCUAGGAUGGAUGAUGGAUCAGUACAGAUGCCCCGAGCAGUCACCAGGCAAACAACUCAUGAGAAAAAGGAAAAGAUGCUUUCUUCAGAUUGCCCCAUUUCCCGAGAUAUUUCCAACACUGGUUUGAAGGGGUCCUUCCCACUCAAGGAUGUUGGUGAUAGCGUCUCCUGGAGGGAUGAGCCACCACGUGAACCAGAGCAAGAGGCCAGUGUAUUGGAGACAUAUUUCUAUUAUUUGCGGAUGCUGAACAAGAUCAGGGGGCUUCCUUCAAAAGGGAGGAGCUGCUCUUUGCCUCUCCAGGGGCCUAGACUCUCUGAAUCAGAGCCAGCCAUCACAUCUGCAGAGGGAAAUGGCCGGUCUGAAGGGUCCAGCCUAGACAGGGAGACCAAGGAGUGGAGAGAUGGGUGUGAAAGUGAUACGGCUCUGGAAGGUGAGAGGGACACCUGUCCCCAAGGACGAGGCUGUGUGGAAGAGGAAACUCCAGAAGAGACCAGCUUUUGGAAACCUCAAGGCAACUAUGGUAUGAAACCAAAGCUGGGGAAAGAGUCUCAUGAGCAGUGA